GUUUAUUUUAUACAAACGCAAACAACCACUUCUCAUCUCUUUUUUUCGACAUCACUUCUCGGUCCAUGACUAUCCCAUUUACUCCUCGAAGGUCCACCCGAGGCCAAGUCUUCACCCCUUCACCGUUUCCAACACCCCGCAUAUCACAUCCAGACACAAAAUAUACUUGGUUGUCCGCUGCAUCAACACCAAGGCUAUCUCCUGGUGGAUCAAAAACCCGCACGCACUAUACAGCAUUCUCAAAGGUCUUCGCCAAAGGUGGAAAGAAGAAUGCUGCGCCUAAAAUGACAAAAUUCGCCAUAGGAGAUGGAGUGUUGGUCAGCGUUGAGGGUGGCAACGAUGGUGUGGCAGUCUUGAUCGAUUUAUGGGAAGAAGAACGAUCUGAAGAUGACGAGGAGGAGGAUGAAGAAGACGAAGACGGAGAAGAAGAAAAAAGCCCUUUAAUGAUGGCAGAAGUACACUGGCUUCUGAGACGGCAGGACUUACCCGAUGUCAGAAGGAAUUUCAAAGUUGAUGAUAAUGAAGUCUUACUUACUGCGUCAUCCACUCGUCGGGUAACAGCUACUAUACCAAUUAGCCUACUCGACGAUACAGUCCCUGUAUUAUCUCGAACCGAAUUCCGCGAGAAAUACCCAGAAGAAAAGUCGCAUUACCGAGGCUGGGCAUACGUCAAAGAAGGUAUCUAUUGGUGCCAACGAGCUUUCGAUAGAUUCGCCAAAGGUCAAAACUGUUGGAAGAUCGACAUUGAAGAAUGGAAAGAGGUCGGGAAAAGGGGAGAAGGAUGGACCGUCCCCAUUUCCAAAGAAGAGGAAGAGCAUCCACAAGAACCCGGCCUCGAAAGUUCGGAUGAGAGCGACGAUGGGAGCGAAGCCCGAGUAGAGGAGGAAAGUGAUGGUGAUGAAGAGAGUGAAGAGGAGUCUGACGAUCCCGCCGAGUCCAUCUCGAAGAAAAGAAAACGACCGACGAAGACAGCUAAAACCUACGCCAAAAGAGGCAGAAAAGUAGUCACAGCGUCAAGAUCUAAACUCCCUCCCAGAUCAAAAGCCACUCCUAAAUCUCGCAAAGCGACGAAGAAACCCCACCCCGCCACAUCGACUUCUUUUUUACCCACCGAUUUUAUUGCCCCCGAAUUACUGCCCACGGAUCCUUUCGAGAGAGCUUUACGGAUGCUUCACGUUGGUGCAACACCCGAAAGCCUACCCUGUCGCGAAGAAGAAUUCGUUGACGUUCUCAGUAAAGUUGAAGAAGGUGUAGAAAGUGGUGGUGGAGGUUGUCUUUAUAUCGCAGGUGUCCCCGGAACGGGCAAAACUGCCACGGUCCACGCCGUGGUUAAAGAACUGAAACGUAAAGCUGAAGAUGGCGAAAUUCCACCCUUUUCAUAUGUAGAAAUUAAUGGCCUUAAAAUCCCCGCUCCUCAACAUGCUUACACUGUUCUGUGGGAGGCUAUCAGUAGUUCAAAAGGUGUCGGCGCGAAGACGGCUUUGAAGGGAUUAGAGAGACAUUUCGGCAAAAAAGGUGGUGGAGCGAGAGGUCCUAGAGGUCAUACUUUUGUUGUCCUCAUGGAUGAGCUCGAUCAGCUGCUCACGUCCAAGCAAGACGUGGUCUACAACUUUUUCAACUGGCCAACUAUGCGAGACUCUCAACUCUUCGUCAUUGCUGUUGCCAAUCGUAUGGACUUGCCUCAACAACUCGCGGCCAAGAUCAAAUCUCGUCUUGGCCUUCAGACCAUCCUUUUCGAGCCAUACGAUCGUGCGGCUCUUGUAUCUAUCGUCCAAUCACGACUCAUCCCUCAUCCCUUGAUGCCCAGUCAAGAUCCUAAAGUGUUGCUGCCUGAUGCCAUAUCGCUGGCAGCUAUGAAGAUGGCGGGGACGAAUGGUGACGCUCGACGUGUCCUGGACGCUUGCCGACGUGCAGUCGAAGUCGCUCUCGAAAACAAGUCUAAGCCCCCUUCCGCUACGCCUACGGCCCCGCCACCACAACCUGGCCCUCAACCGGUCAGUGCCAAAGCAAUGGCCGCCGUCCUUCAAGCUAUGUCUUCCUCCCCAACAACCAAAUUCAUCCAAGCCUGUUCACUGCAGCAAAAGCUGAUGUUGGCUGCACUCGUCAGGUGUGUAAGAAGAGAAGGGGUGGCUGAGAUUGUUUGGAAGAAUAUCAGGAAUGACCAUGAUGCUUUGAUGAGGAGUUUGGCGUUCGAUACUUCCGAGCAAGGCGGUAGAGAGGUGGCCCCCAACUUAUUGUCAAAUUCAGAGCUGGCCCUUGUCUUGACCAGUCUAACUAGCUCGCACGCUCUGGUUUGUUCGGCAGAUAUCAGCAAGGGAAUUGAUGAGAGGAAGAUUGCUUUAGGAAUGGAGAUUGGUGAAGUGGGAAGGGUCUUGAUGAAUGAGGGUGACAGCUGGAGGAAAGCGCUGGCUGGUGUAUAAUUAGUAUCGUGUCCUUCAUGUUGUAGAGAGCUUUUUAGAUAGCAUUGAUGCC